AUGCAAUUAAAAACAAAGCUAUUGUUAACUUAAUUGAUGUUAUAAAAUUUAAUUACUCUGAUUUAGGCAGGGAAUUAAGAGCAUAAAGAUGUAAUGGCCAUAACUCAAAAUUCAAUUGGAUUGUUAUUAAACCUGAUUAUUUUUUGUUCAGAAUAUGCAAAACAAAGACAAGACUUCAUCAACAUUUUGAUUCAAAUAAACAUUAUUGUUGAAUUAGAGACUGUCUUUUACAACGUGGACAACAUCACUAAUUACUUCUCUCUCAUCUACUUAUUGAUUGUAGAAGAUGUGUUGAAAAAAUAGCACAAAUGUUAUUAAUUUUUAACUCACACAAUUUGCAUCUAUGUUUCUAUUAGACUUGGAGCUUAAUUCUAUGAAAAAUUUACAACCCAGAACUUUGCUCUAUUUGUUCUCUGGCAACCACUCAACCAUCUAAUAUUUUACAAAGACAAUCAACCAAAUGAAAUUAGAAAGCCAAGUCCUACUUCUCUAUCACAAAGACAACCCAAUCACAAUGCUCACUUCAGUUACGCAGAAUAAAUCUAAUAGAACCUUAUAGACGAGAAGUCUCCAUAAGUAGAAAGAAACAUCAAUGUGGCUCUCGAUGAAGACCUACUCAAUUGUCUCCCCUACGGAUUGGCUUUGAUCGACACUAAUUUCCAAGUUAUCAAGCACAAUGAGAAAUUAAUGAGUUAUCUGAUGAUAAGUGAAUCCGACCAAAUCAUGAAUCACUUAGAUCAAUUGCUAUCCAACGCUGAAAUAAACUCCGUAAAAACCAAUCCGCAUACAAAACAUAAACCUCACAUAGUUCCUUUGAGAAAACUGAAACAGAACUCAGCCAAUCACCAUUAGAAUAGUACUGGCAUCAAAUCUAACAAGACUAACUGGUUGUCUGAUCGAUUGAAAGUUAAUAUUCAAAAUAAGGGCUCAUUUUAAUCCAGCAUUCAUGAUACCACAACUUACUCUUAUGUUCAAUUUGUGAUGAACGAAUUUUAAACUAAAAGUCACAGACAGCUUAAUCCUUCUGACAAUUAAUCGAUUGCCUCAGAUUAGACUCACAUGUUUAAGUUCCAUGUAGUCAAAGAUUUCAUUAUGAAGAAGAAACAUUUUCAAAUAAAAGUGUAUGAGGUAAAAUUGUAAACGAAAACCAAAGAUCCAGUGUUCUUAUUCAUAAUUGAAAACAUCACUGAUAAGGAAGAAUUGAAGGAGUUGACUCAUAGAUUUAAAUUUCAAUAGGCUUUAUUAAAUUCUUUCAGUCAUGAAUUGCGAACGCCCUUAAAUAGCUCAUUACCUCUAUUACAAAUUUUAAGUUAAAAAAUUGAUGAAACUCUUAAUGACAACUAUUUAUAACUUGCAAUAAUCUCUUGUCGUAGAUUACUUUUUUAAAUAAAUGACAUUUUAGAUUAUGCUUAAAUAGAAUGUGAGGAUUUUAAACUAAAUUAAAACAAUUUUUAUGCAAGCGAGAUUUUUGAAGAUCUGAAAGGAUUAUUUUAAUAAGAAUGCACUUAAAAAUAAAUUGAAUUAAUCUUAAAUUUUAAUGAUCAAAUAGUUAUACAUAGUGACAAAUUAAGAAUAACUUAGAUAUUGGUGAAUCUGAUGAACAACUCAAUCAAAUUUACAAAAUAAGGAGGCAGGAUUAUUUUGUCUUUGAAAAAGAGAGAAACUUAAUGCAUCUUCUCUGUUUGGGAUAAUGGCGAAGGGAUCUCUAGCGAAUAGAUGUUGGCCCUAUAAAAUCAAUUUGUCCAAUAAUCCAAAGGAUCAAUUAAAAUGGGAUUGGGCUUGAGAGUUUCGAAGGGAAUAGUAAAAUUCUUGAGUGGUGAUGGGGAAUUGCAGAUUAAAAGCGAAAAGGGAUUCUACACAGUUGUGAGCUUCUCAAUUGAGGAGUCGGCCAGUACAAUAGUGAAAGAGGAGGAAUCCUCAAUACGGGAUGUUGAGGAUUUAGGAUCAGAUUCUAAGAAUUCAGCAUAAAGAGUGUACAUUUCAUCAAGGAAGUUUCUGAAUCAUUGCGAAUGCAUUUAAAUAUUGAUAGUCGAUGAUGUACCUUUCAAUCACAUCACUUUAAUGGCAUUACUGUAAACUUAUGGGUAUAAGGCAGAUAGUGCUUAUGAUGGGGAUUCUGCAAUCAAGAAAGUGAAGUAGAGAUAGUAAAAUGGGUGUUGUAAGGUGUACAAAAUCAUUUUUAUGGAUAUAGAAAUGCCAGGGAAGAAUGGAUUCAUUGCUAGUAGUGAAAUCUCUAAGCUAUUGAAAAAUGAAAGAUAAAAGUCGGUUAUUGUUAUGUGUUCAGCUUAUAAUGGUUAAGAAAAUGCAGAGUUAGCUCAGCAGAGUGGAAUGAAUGAAAUUAUUUCGAAACCUAUUUCUUUGGAUUCUUUAUAAACACUUUUAGUGAAAUACUUUUGUUGA